AUGAGGAGCUAUGGAAGAUGUGGUUGCAAGGCAAGGACUUUAUCGGCUGAGGGACAAGUCAAUAGACGGCGUUUGUCUGAGCAAAUGCGGGUGGAUAGACAGCUUCAUUGCUUCAGCUGCUCUCAGAGAAAUACAGUUGCCAUUAACCAGUGCCUGCUUUACAUUUGUAGAAUGAUCAUGGCAAUCCUGACUGGGCCUGCACAUCAUGACAUGCAGCUCUGUAACACCUGCGAUACCGCACCUCAAACGGCAUUGAAGCUGCCGCCCGACAGUGUAUGCAUCAAAACUCGAGACUACGGUUAUCUAGCCCCUGACACAUAUUCGACCUGCUAA